UUGGUUGGCAGCUCGGACUUCCUUUGCACGGACUCACGCGGCUCCCGUAGUUUUUACGUCAGCGGUGCGGUCAGGAUCUGCAGGCUGGGGAUAUUCUCUCUGUUAGUCACACUUUCCAAGUACUGCGUGCGAGCUGCUACUGCGGGAAUGGGGCGCAAUAAUCGGCGGAAUCGGCGUAAGGAUCAGCGGCCUGCAGUGCAGAGGACCCCCGCUGAGGAGGAGGAGAGGCGCCGGGCCAGAGAGCAGGCGGCCUGGGAAGUUGGCUAUACUGAAAUCGUAAAAGAAAACAAACUCUUUGAACAUUAUUACCAAGAACUGAAGAUUGUGCCUGAAGGUGAAUGGGAGCAGUUUAUGUCUGCCCUCAGGGAACCUCUCCCAGCCACAAUAAGAAUUACUGGAUACAAAAGCCAUGCUAAAGAAAUUUUACACUGUUUGAAAGAAAAAUACUUCAAGGAGUUGCAAGAUAUUGAAGUGGAUGGUCAGAAGAUAGAGGCUCCCCAACCACUGAGCUGGUACCCUGAUGAGCUUGCCUGGCACACAAACUUGAGUAGGAAAAUAAUCCGCAAGUCACCAGACUUGGAGAAAUUUCACCAAUUUCUUAUCAGUGAGACAGAGUCAGGUAAUAUAAGUCGUCAAGAAGCAGUCAGUAUGAUUCCUCCUGUUCUUCUGAAUGUCCAGCCACAUCACAAAAUCUUGGAUAUGUGUGCUGCUCCAGGAUCUAAAACAAAGCAACUUAUAGAAAUGUUACAUGCAGACAUGGAUGUUCCAUUUCCUGAGGGCUUUGUCAUUGCUAAUGAUGUGGACAACAAGCGUUGCUAUUUGUUAGUUCAUCAAGCUAAGAGGCUGAGCAGUCCCUGUGUUAUGGUAGUGAACCAUGAUGCAUCGAGCAUUCCCCGGCUUCUAGUUGACAAUAAUGGUACUAAAGAAGUGCUGUACUAUGAUCGGAUACUUUGUGACGUACCAUGCAGUGGGGAUGGCACUAUGAGAAAGAAUAUAGAUGUUUGGAAAAAAUGGUCAACAUUAAACAGUUUGCAGUUGCAUGGGUUACAGAUUAGAAUUGCUACCCGUGGUGUUGAGCAGCUGGCAGAAGGGGGAAGGAUGGUGUAUUCAACAUGCUCACUGAAUCCCAUUGAAGAUGAAGCUGUUGUAUCCUCCCUGCUGGAGAAAAGUGAAGGAUCACUUGAGCUUGCUGAUGUUUCUUCUGACAUUCCUGGAUUGAAGUGGAUGCCUGGAAUCACCAAUUGGAGGGUAAUGACCAAAGAAGGCCAGUGGUUCGAUAAGUGGGAAGAUGUACCUACAAGUAGACAUACACAGAUCCGUCCAACUAUGUUUCCUUGUGAUGAAGAAAAAAUGAAAGGAAUGAAUCUACACCGUUGCCUGAGAAUACUGCCACAUCACCAGAAUACUGGAGGUUUCUUUGUAGCAGUAUUGAUAAAGAAAGCCCCUAUGCCAUGGAACAGGAGACAACCCAAGCUGCUUCGGAGGCCCCCCACUGUUGCAGCCAGUGUUCCAGUUGUUAAUGAUGCUGUUGAGGAUGUGACAGAAACUGAUAAACCAGCUGUGGCAACAGAUAAUGCAGUGAAUGAGGACGGAAGCAUCAAAUCUUGCAGCAAUCCUAAGACUGAUUCUACGAAUAAGGACAACGUGUGCGGUCCGCCACCCUCUAAGAAAAUGAAGUUGUUUGGAUUUAAAGAAGACCCAUUUGUGUUUCUCUCUGACGACGAUCCAAUAUUUCCCCCAAUAGUGAAAUUUUAUGGAUUAAGUUCAUCAUUCCCGAAGACAAAUCUCUUAACGCGCACUCAGGAGGGGAAGAAGAAACAAUUGUAUAUAGUUUCAAAGGAGCUGAGGAAUGUACUACUUAAUAAUAGUGAGAAGAUGAAGGUAAUAAAUACUGGUGUAAAAGUUCUAUGCCGGAAUAAUGAUGGAGAACAAUAUGGCUGUGCUUACAGACUAGCUCAAGAGGGCAUCUAUACACUGUAUCCAUUCAUCAGUUUGAGAAUUGUGACUGUAUGUGUAGAAGACAUUAAGGUACUUCUUACCCAGGAAAAUCCCUUCCUAAGUAAAUUUAGUAGUCAAAUCCAAAAACAAACUAAAGAUAUAGAUAUGGGAAGCAUUGUCCUAAAAUUUGAGCCUGAUCCACAGAAACCUGACACACUUCAAUGCCCUAUUGUUCUGGUAGGUUGGCGAGGUAAAACCUCAAUCCGUUCCUUUGUUCCAAAGAAUGAGAGAUUGCAUUACUUGAGAAUGAUGGGGGUGGAAGUUUUUAAGGAAAAAAAAGAAAAUGCUAGAAAUGCUAAUCCUGAAUCGAAGGCCAUCCUUGACCAGACAGAAGUUGAGAAUAUGGAAUGCGUAAACAAAGAUAAAAACAUGCCAGAGAACAAGGACUGUGGUGAAAAUGAUACAGAUGAGAAGGGUAGCUGCAUGGCUUCAGAGUGCCUGGAAGAGCUUAUAACUGAUAAGGAAGAUGGUUCAUUUGCUGGUGUGAAGCAAGAGAAGGUUGACCAGACAGAAGUUGAGGAUAUGGAAUGCGUAAAAAAAGAUAAAAACAUGCCAGAGAACAAGGACUGUGGUGAAAAUGAUACAGAUGAGAAGGGUAGCUGCAUGGCUUCAGAGUGCCUGGAAGAGCUUAUAACUGAUAAGGAAGAUGGUUCACUUGCUGGUGUGAAGCAAGAGAAGGUACCAGCAACAGAGUCCAACAUGGAUUGCCCAGACAGUGAUUCUAAAGAACAACAUUAGCGAUUACCAGACUGCUGGAACUAAUAGCCAUGUUUGAUUGUAACUUUUAAAGGACAUUUUUACUGAAAUACAGAGGCAGCAAUUGCUUGGCUCCUUUAAAAAUUUGAGUCACUGACCUAAAACACGCAUGCAGCUGGUGAUUUUUAAAUUGUUUGAUCUGCAUACUUGUUUUAAAUCAACAGCUUGUCGGUAACAAGGGUUUGCAAAGGAUGACUUCAGCAGCUUUUGUAUUUUCUCAGUAUGUUUCUGUCAAGUUUUCUGUAAGUAUCAGCUUUCAGAAUUGGGGAUGAUCGUGUUUAUUUUUUUUAAUAUAUUCCAGUGUGGAAUAUAUUUCCUUUUUUAAAAAUAAAGUUUCUUAAUGGGGGAAAAAAUAAAAAAUUAUUUAUACAUGGUAGUUUUGGGAAAAACGUUUGCAUAUUUCCAUUCAGUUUACACUGCACAUCAGCAUGUGAUGAAUAUAUUGAGGCCUUUUUUUUUUCUCCCUUGCACACGUUAAAAUUGGUAAACUAAAACCCCCCAAAACCAUGUAUUUUUUUUUUUUUUAUGUUGCACUAUAUUUGUGCUGCUGUUUUAUUAAACCUGUAAUAAAUGCAUUUAAAUGUAUUUUGGUGCAUACAACAAACGCAAAAGAAUAUUGUGGUAAAACAGAUUAACAAAAUACACAAGACAGAUGGCAGGAGAAAAAAAAAGUCAAAACCGGUUUUAACAGUUGCCUAUGAAGGAUACUACAUUUUAAAAUCUGCAUGGGUUCAGGGUGCACAGGCUCCUGCUGCUCCAAAAAAAGGACAUCAAAAAAACUACAAUAUGGCAUACAGACAAGGAAGAGCACAUGGCUCUUGUGCAAUUAAAUAGUUGCAUGUAUUAAGUUAAAAACAAAGUGUCACAACUUCAAUAGCAUACAUCAGCUCAGAGGGAAAUAGUCAGAGGCAUCCCACAUGAUGUGGCCAGUAGCGGGGCUGGUCCACAUACAGCUGUCGGUUCCUCAGAGGACCCGUUUCAAGGAUAUAUAGGGUGGUAGUGAUGGCUGUCUUUUGGCCGAACCCACUUUAUCAAGCCCCAGGGUUAAUAAAGAGUAAAUCCCUCAAAA